AUGGCGUCCUCCUCCUCCUCGGAAUUCGACGAUCCGUCGGCGAGGCGCCCGCCGCCGCCGCAGAGGAAGCCGCCGGUGCUGAUGCUGCUCCCGCUCAUCUACGCCCCCGUUUUGCCCCUCAUCAGGAUCGGGCUGCGGCAUAACCCGGUGUGGAGGGACCGCGUCUUCUACGGCGUCCUCGCCGGCGCAUUCGUGCAUGGCACCUACCUCAUGUACGUCCUCUGUCCGUAUAUUAUUCACUUGUCCUAG